GGGGGGAGGGGAGAGAGAGAGAGAGAAAGAGAGGGAUAUCAUGCGAGAAGCAUUUCAUCUUUGCCGGAGCAUUUCCUUCUUGACCUAGAAUCCUAGUGGAGGAGAAGUGAGAGCAUGGCAUUCAGUUUGGAGCGUAGCUGCUGAACAGGAGUAGAAAGAGCUCUCCAAAAGGACCUUGACAUACAAACGGAGUCUCUCCUGUGGGAUUACCUUCAGCACUACUGUAAAGCAAACCUGGGGACCAGAAGGAAUAGGUAGAGAAUGAGGUCUAAGAGUAGUGGGGUGGAGAGCCCAGCUAAUGAGGCACUUGGAGUUCCUCAGGCAGCGCAGGACAUCAACCAGGAAGAGGAAGUAAAUCGGCAUGCGCCCAUAAAAAGCCUGAGGGUCAAAGUUCAACCAAACAGUAAAGGAGUGGAAGAGGAGGUGUUGGUGACCUCUGACUUAAAGAGGUCAACUGACAGUUCAGGGACUGUUGACCAAACACUGGGAAUCAUGAACUUUACUAAAGAGGACCUUCUGAAGCUGCUAGGGGUCAUGGAAGGUGAGGUCCAGGCGAGGGAAGACGUCAUCCGCGCUCUGCAGUCUGAGAAAACACACUCGGAGGCCCUGCAAUCCCACUAUGGUUCUGCAGCUACGGGCACGGCCCUCCAGGCCCUGCAGAGGGACAGCUUUCUCACUAACGCACAGACACACAUUGACAACGUCUACCACAGGCCAGUGGCAGAGCUGGACCGUCUCCAGGAGAAGCACAAGGACACGUACCGACGCAUGCUGGAGCAGCUCCUAUUGGCUGAGAAGUGUCACCGGCGCACUGUCCAUGAGCUGAACAGUGAAAAACGCAAACACGCCGACUACAUGAACAAGAGUGACGACUUCACUAACCUACUGGAGCAGGAAAGAGAGAGAUUGAAGAGAUUACUAGAGAACGAGAAAGCCUACCAGGUGCGUAAAGAAAAGGAACACACAAAGCGCCUAGAAAAGGUCAGAGAGGAGCUAGUUAAGCUGAAGUCCUUUGCCCUGAUGCUGGUGGAUGAGCAACAACUACACCUGGAACAGAUGGACCAACAGAGCCAGAGGGUCCAGGAGCUGUCCCAGCAGCUGCAACAGAGGGAGCAGGACCUGAGCGAAGCCAGCAGCCAGGCCAAUGAGAACAACCAGAAGGCCCUGAGUUUGGAGGUUGAGCUGAGGGAAUGCCAGGCCAAGUUCACCCAGGAGCAGGAGGAGAUGACCUCUAAGCUAGCCAGCCAGGAGUCCCAUAGCCGCCAGCUAGAUGUCAAGCUAAUUGGACUCACCCAGAAAUUGGAGGAGCUGGAGAAGGCUAAUGUUGCUCUGAGGAGGUCAGAGGAAGAAUUGCAACAGCUGAGGAAUAAGAUCAGUACCGGCGAGUGUGGGAACUCUAAACUAAUGACAGAACUGGAGAACCUCCGCAAACGAGUAUUUGAGAUGGAAGGGCAGGAUGAGGAGAUCUCCAAAGCAGAGGCACAGUGUAGGGAGUUGAAAAAGAGGUUGCAGGAAGAGGAGAACCGAGGAAUAGAACUCAAACUGCAGGUAGAGAAGCUUCAGAGAAGGAUGGUGGAGCUGGAAAAGCUAGAGGGGGCAUUUAAUCACAGCAAGGCAGAAUGCUCCCAGUUACACUCCGCUCUGGAGAGAGAGAAGGGUGUGUCCAAGGAGCUCACUGAUGAACUUACAACAGUAAAGAUACGCAUGAAAGAGAUAGAAUCCUCUGAGCUGAGACUGGAAAAGACAGAGCAGACCCUUAAAGAUGAUCUAGCAAAGCUGAAGUCAUUUACUGUGGUGAUAGUUGAUGACAGGAAUAAAAUGAUGGAGAGAAUGCAGUUAGAGGAGAAGAAGAGGUAUGAUUUGAGUAAGAUGUUCAAGGCUGAACAAGGCAAGGUUAUGGAGGUGACAGAGAGAUUAAUAGAGGAGAGUAAAAAGCUCCUGAAGUUGAAAUCAGACAUGGAGGUCAAGGUAGGGACGCUCACCCAAGAGAAGGAGGAGCUUAGCAUCAAGCUUGCAUAUGAAAUAGAAAAGAACCAGGAUCUGAGCUCAAAGGUCAGCCUUUUGAACAAGAGGUUGGAUGGAUUGGAGGAGACAGGAAAGAUAUCCACAAAGCACAUAGCAAAGAGGGAACUGGUAAGAUUGUCAGAUACAGGUUUGAAAGAGGAUAAUAGGGUUAAGGAGCUCACGCUUGAAAUAGAGCGGUUGAAAAAGCGUCUCAAGCAGCUGGAAGUUGUGGAGGGAGAUUUGAUAAAAACAGAAGAUCAGUAUGACUUACUGGAGAAAAAGUUCAUGACAGAGCAAGACAAGGCCAACAUUCUCUCCCAGCAGGUGGAGGAGAUGAGAAAUCAAAUUGCCCGGAAUAAAGCUAUAGAAAAAGGAGAGGCAGACAGCCAGGAGGCAGACCUUCGACAGCGGUUCAAAACAGAGGAAGCUAAAACCAGAGACUUGCAGAAUGAUGUGAUAGCCCUCAAGGAGAAGAUCCAUGAGCUGAUGAACAAAGAAGACCAGCUCUCUCAGCUCCAAGUGGAUUACUCCUUCCUCCAGCAGAGAUUCCUAGAAGAAGAGGAGAAGAAGAACAACAUGAGCAUUGAGGUCUUUCACCUUUCUGAAGAACUGGAGGCGACCAAGCGCCACAGCCGCGCUCUACGACCCAGCCUGAACGGAAGGAGAAUGGUGGAUGUUGCCAUGGCAUCCACAGGAGUGCAGACUGAUGCGUUGACCAAUGAGAUGGCAGAAGAAGACACCCCAGCUGUGUUCAUUAGGAAGUCUUUCCAGGAAGAGAAUCACAUCAUGAGUAACCUUCGACAGAAGGGCCUCAAGAAACCCACAGAGAAAGCCUGUGGUCAUGAACCCUACUCACCCUCUGCUUCCUCGGACCUCAGCAUAAAGAAGUCCUGGAUUCCCUGGAUGCGAAAGAGGGAACACAUCCCUCAAGGUGGUAGUCUGGACAAGUCUGUGCAUAUGAACGGUGAACCCAUGCAUUCUGAGCUGACAAUGUCCCAGAAGCAAGGGCAACCUUUACGCAUCAGAGUGACACCAGACCACCAGAACAGCACAGCUACCUUGGAGAUCAGCAGUCCUUCUCCUGAGGAGCUCUACUCCACUCCCCGCCUCAGCCUCAGUCCCACUCAGCAAAGCCACCAGAAGCCUCAUAUUACUAUCAUUCCCACCCACCCCACCGUCACCUCAAGGAGCAGAACCAUUAGUGGACCAGAGAGGACCAAGUCCCCGGUCACUAUAACCACCAUCUCCAGAGCUAAGUCACCAGAGAGCAGUAAGGCCUCAACCUCGUCUUCUUCGUCCUCCUCUUCGUCCUCCUCAGGCAGGGCGAUGUCACCCAUAUCGAUCAUGACGGUCAGCACAUCCACGGUGUCCAACGUGUCCGCCGCCUCAGAGCCCCAUGAGAUGACCGUGGGCCGGGCCGUCUUCAAGGUGACCCCGGAGAAACAGAUGGUCCCCGCGGCGAUCAGGAAGUACUCCAACAGCGUCGUCACCACCACCACCGCGGAGGACAACAAGAUCCACAUCCACCUGCAUGGAUCCCAGUUCAGCAAGAGCCCCUCAGAGAGCCACAGCAACACGUGCCCCAAGGUGGUUGUUAAGCCUAUCGGCGCGGCAACACAGUGUAACAGAGAGAUGACAUUAUCCACGGGCACGGUGUUGCGAUCCCCUCGCCACAGUGCCGCGCCGCUCAAAAGCCCACCCGGUAAAGUGACGAGCAGCCUCACAAUCACCCCAGUCACUUCCACCCCUGCAAGGUCAAUUCAGACGCCCGGGCAUGAUGCCCACCUACCUAGGGGAGGGCUCACCCGGAUCCCCAUGUCUAAGAGCCUAAAGACAGGCAAAUCCAUGCUGGGAGCCCUGGGGAUGACUGGAGGAAUGAGGCUGGAGCAGAGAGCAGAGAGCCAGUCCAUGAGGAUAGAGCUGAAGAAAUCAACGAUCAGCAGCGGAACAGCAUUUCUAAAUGGAGGGAAAGGCUGAUGGAGCCAGAGACCCUGACAGGGAACAUCAAGUUGCCAACCUUGGUAGGGUUCUAAUUGUUCUAAUGAUUAAAGGUGCUAAAUAUAAAUGUGCAAAUGAAGUACCCUUUGGCAAACAGUUAAGUGGUAAUUCAGACAAGGCGAAGUCAUUGGGUUCUUCUCUGUCUGGCCGGAGCUGGAUGACCAUUAUGUUCUUGUCAAGCUGAAAAUGUUUUAUAUCUUCAAAAUUAAACAUUGUACUUGAAAUCAUGGAUAUAUACUUUUUUAAUUAUUAAAUGUAUGUAAAUGAUAUUUUGUUCUCAGUGUUUUAAAAUGGUGAUGAAGUCAACUGCUAUCCUAGAUAACUACUGGAGGGUGUGUGUAUGUUUUUUAAGGGAACAUAGGCUGUCCAUUGUCAGGCACUGCUAUUAACUGCUUCAUGUAUUAGUUAGGCUGCUUCACAUAGUGACAUGUUCACCAUGAUGCGUAUUAUAGUGCAUUUAAUACUGAGACUAUAUAAUUUGGACCUUUUAUGUCAUGUGUUUUUACUGACAUUCAUUUCGAUAAAAAUCUAAAAAUAAAGAUCAGUCCCAUAAGCAUAAGACAACAAAGAAUAUUCUCACAAAAGAAUAUGUGCACUGUUGAUUUGCACAAUGUCAACAUUCUUGAACAUUACUUUGGAUGCAUUAGGGCAGUGGUUACCAACCUUUUUCAAUUUCUGUACAACCAGCUGAAUUUUACCAAGUACCUCUGGGAUAACCCCACACGUGCCUUUUACCAGUAAGUCAAUGGUCUCCUGGGUAUUCUCAAGUGUACAUAGAGUACCCCCAGGAUUCCUAACUACCCUUUGUUAGGGAACCACUGCAUUAGAGCAUCAUUUUAACCUGUAGCAAUGAAUUAACCUCCCAUUAAUCUACUGCAAAGACAGUGUUUGUGUUAACUUGCUGUGGGUUAUGACUGUACACCAACACUAGUGCUGGUUAUUCCCGGUCACCAUUGUGAGGCGCUUACCUACCUAUGCCUUUCAGACAAAAAAAAUGCUCAGUUACCAAGCUGCCUGUGUCUACAAUAACUGACCAUGUGCCCUCUGAAAGAAUUUGUAAGAUUAUUACCAAAUGAGCAGAGGAGUUGAUACAUUUGCUCAAUCAACCAAAGAGAGAUAAUCAAACCAGUGUCUUUAUAUGUCUGUAACAUUAGAUUGGUGAAUCCUGAGACGGCCAUAUGUUAGAGUAAUAUAUUGAAUUUAAGGUAUUUCAGGUGCUCCUAAAUGUUCUGUAAAUGUCUAUGAAAUGCAUAACAUGUUUUUAAAUGUAUUCUGUAUGAAAUACUUGGCUUUUCAAUAUGUGCCAUAUACCUAUUCACAAUCAAUUAGCGUUGUAAAUGAUGAUCGAACUUUUAAAUUAAUGUGAACAUAAUUACAUAAAGGCAAG